AUGGUUGAACAAGUUGUGGGAUUGCCUCAAAUAGAGGCAUUCAACAGAGUGCUCGGACUGCCAAUUAUCGAGUUGGCACUUGCUAUGUCAGCCUCGACGUAUUCUCGAGUCAAGGAUUCAAAUCAACUGUUCCAUUGGGUACUUUCCUCUGCCGAAACGUCACUCACGACUGCAACGAAACACGCGGUUCCUAUGGCGGUUCCGAUAGCCAAAAAAUUUGAGACUUCCAUACAAUUUUUUGACAAUACGCUCUGUCUCGGAUUGGACAAGAUCGAGGAAAAAGUGCCGAUCGUCAAAGAGACUCCGAAUCAGAUUCUGGAAAAUGCAUACAUGUUGGCUCUGGACACGGUGAGGCCCGCAGUCUCGACCAUCGCGUAUGCCAAUGAGCUGAUAAUCGCUCAAGCAGCGAAUUUUAAGACGUCGAGCUGGAAUAAAGCUAACCAAAUUCUCAGUACUCAUUUCGGCACAGCAGCCGUAAAUGGUUUGGACAAUACCGCUGCUCUUGUUGAUAAUCUACUCGACAAGUAUUUCCCGGCGACAGAAACUGAGAAGGAGACAGCUCCAACAUCGUCGGAGGAAGACAAGCUCCUGCACACUCUUCAAACGGUGGGCCGCCUCUCGAACAAGACAGCUCGACGCUUGUACAGCAACGUGAUAGUAAAUCUUCGAACAAUUAACAAGGAGAGCUUGAAAACAUACGUGAAUUCGAUCGUUCAGUUUCUCCAGUUAACACAAUAUCUGCACGCUGUUAACCAGAAGGUUCAAUCUCUUACAACACCUAAGAAAAAAGAUGCAGAAAAGAGUGGAAGCACUUGAAAAAUCAAAAGAAAACAAUUCCCGAAUUUUGUAUUCUAUGUUUAACGUUAAUCGAGUAUUUUUGAGUGUUUCGAUCCAAUCGCUCUCGAAUUAUUUAUGUGAGAAGCUUUUUAUCGAUUCUAAUCGAUGGUUAUAUCACUACGAUAAUAUAAUAAUAGUAUUAUUUUUUUUCGUGUGUAAAAACAGCAUUUUUUCCAUGUAUGAACAAUUAUGCAAAAGUAAUAAAAAUUGCAUUACACGUUAA